UGAGUGCGCAUGUGUUGAAUUGUAAUGUAUUUAUUAUUAGAGGGACGCUUAAAGUGAUCAAACGGCUUGGGUGAAACAUUGGAAACAUCAUCGUCUGAGUAAAAACUUUCGGUCUACUUUCAAUAUAUUAGUAGUAGGAAUAAUAACUCUAUUUGAGUAUAGUUAAUGAGAUAGUGCAAUUGUGACAUUUUUAAUUUUGCGGUAAUCAGUGGCGACAGUCUCACUAAGAUGAACGAUAUUAAUCGAACGGAUCAAAAUGACAAUAUAAGACAGAACAAGGCCACCACUUUUGAAAUAGGCUUCAAAACCAGACAAGAUAAACAAAAAGGAAGGGAAAGCAUUCUUAAUAAAUUGUUAUCGGCGAUCCCUUCACUUGUUGAAACGAAACAAUAUAUCGGAGUUCUCAUAUGCGGACUGACCUUAUGGGGUACUUCUUGGUUCCUAUUCAAAGACGCAGUGUUGCCAGGGAGCUAUAUAUUCAACAUGUCCGGCGUGAUUAUAGCCGCUUACUGCUUUGGCCAUGCCUUGGAAAGAUUCACUACAAUCAACCCCGUAGUUGGAAUGACAUUUAUGGGAGCUCUCUACAGAAACCUGGGAACGACGAAUUUUCUUGAAAAUUCUACUGCAGACAGUAUUGAUUUUCAUCUGAGACGAAUUUACCCCGUAAUUAUCUUGACGAAGGGCCCGCUCAGCUGGAACUGGGAAUAUAUAAAAAAUAAUCCGGUAAAAGUUUUCUCAUUGGCCACUCUGCCCUGGAUCAUCGAGUGUUUGUCCACGGCCUUCCUCGCUCAUAUACUUCUGAACUACCAAUGGAAAUGGGGUCUACAUCUCGGAGCGAUAUUAUCAUCCGUGUCACCAGCUGUAAUAGUACCGACAGUCGUGGCACUAAAAGAACGUGGGCUUGGCACUAAGCACGAAAUAGCACUUUUGGUGGGAAACGCCGGUGGUCUGGACACGGCCUUCACUGAGGGCAUAUUCGGAGUAACUAAUAGCGCUAUAUUCUAUGAAGCAUCCUUAACGUAUAAAAUUAUCAAGGGCUUGCUUGCGAUAUUCGUGGGGAUCUGCCUCGGUAUCGCAUGGGGCGUGUUAUGCGAUGUCAUUCCGGAUCACAAUGAUUUAUAUGCACCCACAGUACGGAGCCUGCUCAUUUUCGGAGGAGGGAUACUUGUUACCUACGCUGGAGGGUAUUUAGGAUGGGGCGGUACAUCGGGUGUCGCCAUAAUGGUGUGUGCUGGCGUUGCAGCCACCAGGUGGUCCCGACGAGGAUGGCCUAUUAAUGACAAUCCAGUGUCCGAGGUUUACAAAUUGUUGUGGAGAAUAUUCGAGCCCAUGCUGUUUACGCUCAGCGGUUACUUUCUAGAUGUUUCACAACUAAAUACAAAGGAGUUAUGUCUGAUCAUCGGGUGUAUAAUUUCGGCACUAUUUCUGCGAAUGCUUACUGCGUUUUUGGUUGGACUGGCUAACAAUUUGUCCAUCAAAGAGAGCGUAUUCGUGAGCGUCACUUGGAUACCGAAGGCUAUCGUCGAGGCCGUGCUAGUACGAGUUGCAGCGGACUCUAUCUUAGCUGAUGCAAGUGAAGAAGACAAACGAACAGCAGCUCAGCAUGCGAAUAUAAUCGUUAUUGCCAUAUUAAUAACGUCGACAGCAGGCUCCGUGCUAACCACUGCUCUGGGCCCCAUUCUCCUAUCGCAAGACUCGAGAAUAUCGCCUGGAGAUUUCUAUCGAGCUCAGACGUUGUCGCCUGCAUCAUCAUUUCACGAUUCAAGUCAGAUAAGACGAAACAAUGCACCCAGUACUCUAUCAAUCUAUUUAUAAUAAAUUUA